CAAGUCACAUCGAGUCAGACUGCCACAACUCAGUUCCAUUCGGCCGAGUCAUGGCUAUUACUCGCUUUUCUCCGUGGCAUCAAUGAUUCCAUCAAAACCCUAACAAUCGCCUCCUUCGGAGCCCUGAUCCUCCACCGAUCCCGAUCGAGUAUCGACUCCGGCGAUGUCCCAAACCCUAUUUUCCGUAUUCUUCUUGGUCGCGCUCGCUUCCUUUGCGGCGGAAGCGGCGACCCUCGGUCUGAACACCUUCCUCGACUCAGAGGCCCGCCGUGACCCUUCCGCCACCAAUGAUUCUUUUUCUGCCUUUCCCGGGUCCCUCAAGCGGUCGCUCGCGGCAGACGUCCCGUCCUCCGACCUCAUCUCCGAGUUCCUUUCAUACAGCGUCUCGGUUCCUGUUUAUGUGAAGCUCGUGGGCACCUUUUCCACCGCCGCCCCUGCUCUCCUCAAAUCCUUCGCUGCAGCGGCCAUCAUCUCAGACCGCUUCAACGUUAUCGGCGCCACCCCCCACCAUCUCGCAGUCAGGCACACUCUUCACUUGGAAGCCGAUCUGUCACUUCUGGGAUCGAAGAUAUCGGACGCGAUCCGAUCUCACAUUGAAUCCUCCACCUCACCACUCUACCGAACGGCCCUUCUCUCUGUUCCGUAUUCCACGGUCGACCGCAUCAUCGAGCAGGAUUUUCAGAAAGAAAAUUUGAAUUAUGCCCCAGGGAUCUAUAUUUACUUUCUGAAUCUUGGGCCUCAAUCCAAACCAUAUGCCUAUUCCGCUGACUCCAGGGAUCCCUCUUUGGCCUUCACAAAGUGUUUGGGAACUCUAUGGACUGGGAAAGAAAGGUAUGUAUGGAUUGACCUUGCUGCUGGACCGGUGGACUAUGGGCCGGCAAUAUCUGGCGAGGGUGUGAUCCCCCGAGGUGAAUUCCAUCCUCUGGCUUCACUUCAUGGGCGAUCGAAACCUGAAAGGACCCUAAUAUCAGACCUAGCCUCUGUGGUCCUUAGUGCGUACCGAGCCCUGCUGGUACCUUCUCUGAGAAUUCCUGUCGUCUAUGAGAACUCCCUCCUGAUUCGAUUGAUCCAUGUUCACGGAACUAUUGCAGAUGCUAGUGGAUUUGACUGGAGCAUUAUCAAACAGACACUGCUAGAAAGUGAGCUUGCUUACAAAGGGCAAUCUUUGUUGUUCAAAUCAUAUAGUGUGAAGUUUUCAGAGUGCCCAAUUUGCUCUUUUGCAAUUAGCCGAUCUAUGAGUUCAUACACUUCACGCUUCCUUUUUGAAAAUUACACUCUAAUUGUGAGUGAAUAUUUGGACUCAAAGCGCUUGCAUCAGAUUCUUUCAGACUCUGUCGAAGAAGUGCACCGUGCUGCACGAAUUCCUGAUGAACAAGAUUAUGGAAAAAUCCUUCCAGUUUAUGUUUUUGAUUUAGAUUAUGACAAGCUCCUUUUGCUCGAUCGGUAUCACCAGUCAGUUGCAUUUAGAAAUAUGGUUGUUGCUGUGAGAACCAAGAACUCACAGACAGUAAGUGAUUACAGCUGCAAUGGUCGGCAUGUGCUUACACAAACGCGCAACCUGGACCGUCCAAUUGUGGGCUCUGUGCUUCAGAGUAUGUGGGGAGUUUCGUCUACUCACCAGUUAUGGAGCCAACAACAUAACAAUACAUUGGUUGAUUACACUUGGAGUGUUGGUCAAACUCCAUUUGGCCCCUUCUCCGAUUCUUUAUCUCUGUCAUUUGCUCAGAGAGAUGCAGCACGGAGGAAUGUUCUUCUUACCACAUUGAAUUACACAAUUACAAGUGCCAUUGAUGUAUUGCAAUCUUUGGCUGCACAUGGCGGACAUAGUAGGCUGCUUAAGGAAAAUAAACACAUUGAGUUUGUUCAAAGGUGGAACUUGCUUAAGUACAAGCUGGAAAAGGUUGUUUCUGCUGUCUCCCACUUUGAUUUUGACAAAGCCAUGUACUUCAUGCGGUCAUCGGAUCAUGAUUUAUAUGCCAUCCACACGCUAGUUUAUGAGGCAUCACAAAAGCAGGAGGCUUCACUCGUAUGUUUCAAGGAUCCACCCUUCCCAUGGGCCUCACUUUCCCUGUUUGGUAUGUUUCUUGUUGGUUUCUCCUAUGUCUAUGCCAAGAAGGACAAGAUAUUGAGGAGCAAGAGAAAGCAGUUUUGACAAUGCUUGUGAGUUAUAUUAACCAACCGACAUCUUUGUUUCAUAUUUGCCUCUUGGGAUAAUCAUGUUGAACUAGCAGAUCUUGAAUUUCAUGAAACACACAUGUGUAGCCAAUCUAAACAUACAAUGCGUCUACUUUGGGUGGAAAUGUAUUGUAUCUUCUAGGUUUACUAUGAAUAAUCUUAGGUUGAUGUUGAUUGACAUUCAGGGUUGUAUGGUGUGACUUUACUCCAUUUUUUAUGUAUAACAACUCUUGUCCGGAACUCUUCCUUUCA